AGAUUUGAAGAUGUCGCCGGAGAACUCGGAUGAGGUAGUCCCACUUCUGCCGGAGAAUGGUUCGCCGACGGCAUCCCCAGAGGAGAAGCAACCGUCGGUGUCCGGAGCAGUGUUCAAUGUCUCAACGAGCAUAAUAGGUGCAGGAAUCAUGUCCAUUCCGGCGACUUUCAAAGUUCUAGGCGUAGUUCCGGCGUUUAUAUUGAUCGUACUCAUUGGAUGGUUGGUGGAUGUGUCUGUGGAGUUCAUGUUGAGGUUUACGUAUGCUGGAGGAUCCACGACGUACGCAGGACUGAUGAAGGAGUCGUUUGGACGGAUAGGAUCUGUUACUGUUCAGAUUUGUGUGAUGAUUCAAAAUCUCGGUUGUUUGAUCAUUUAUCUCAUUAUCAUCGGAGAUGUGCUCUCAGGGGAUCAAUCUGGAGAAGGAUCAGUUCAUUUGGGGGUAUUGCAAGAAUGGUUUGGUAUUCAUUGGUGGAAUACACGCGAUGUAGCUAUCCUCAUCGUCGUCGUCUUUGUUAUGCUUCCCUUGGUUUUAUUCCGCCGUGUUGAAUCACUAUCGAUGAGCUCAGCAGUAGCCGUUCUGCUGGCAGUGGUGUUUGUCGGAAUAUGUUCAGCCAUGGCGAUCUCUGCAGCCAUUAAAGGACAAUCAAAAAGUAUCAAACUGUUGCCUCAGUUGAACAAUCAAGUGGCGUUCUACAAUCUCUUUACCGCCAUCCCUGUUAUCGUCACAGCUUUCACUUUCCACUUCAAUGUACAUGCUAUUGGAGUUGAGCUUGGGAAACCUGCUGCAAUGGCUUCUGCAGUCCAUAUCUCUCUUGUGGUUUGUGCUCUGAUUUACUUCUGUAUCGGGCUAUUCGGGUACAUCCUGUUUGGGGAUUCGAUUGAGGCGGACAUUCUAGUAAACUUUGAUCAUGCAAGUGGUUCGAUGGUUGGAUCGGUGUUAAAUGACAUAGUUCGCUUAAGCUAUGCAUUUCACUUGAUGCUGGUCUUCCCUUUGUUGAACUUCUCAUUGAGAUCCAACAUUGAUGAGUUCCUUUUCCCAGAUAAGUCUCUUCUUGCAAAAGACAGCAAGAGAUUUGUGUCACUCACAUUUGUUCUGCUAGCUGCAGCUUACCUUAUGGCAAUUGCCAUUCCAAACAUAUGGUAUUUCUUUCAGUUCAUGGGAUCAACGUCAGCUGUCAGCCUUGCCUUCAUCUUCCCUGGUGCAAUUGCUUUGAGAGAUGUUCAUGGUAUAUCUUCAAGAAAGGACAAGAUAAUUGGAGCAACGAUGAUAAUUCUGGCAGUAAUUACAAGCACAAUUGCAAUUUCCUCCAAUCUCUACAGCUUAGGAAACAAUUCAUGAUCAUUUUUAAUUGUUGUAGUAAUUGAUUAAUUUGUUGUUGAUGUUUUAAUUUUUCUUUCUCAAUUUCCGGCUUCGCCAUAGAAAUCCAUAAUAUACGAUUAUGAUGUCGAGUCAUGUAUAAUUAUAGAAAGUUAAAUCGGUAAUUGUUGUAAUUCUGUAAAAAUUUAUUCUUUCUUUCUUACUUGU